AAUUAAAGCAGAGCAGGAGAUCUAAGCUGACCCCUGAGAUCCAGUUAAUCAUUAACCUGCCUGUCAAAUUUAUAGCGUACAGUGAUGCAGGCAGACAGCAUUUCUCUCAGUCUCUGCUCUUACACACACACUUCUCAUCAACAUGCACACCUGUCACAACUCCUACAACAGGCCUCCUCUGGUCUCAGAGAGUAGAAGUCAGGGUCAACCGCAAGGCCAGCACGUGAGAAACGGAGAGGACUCCUCUCAAUCAUCAAACAGGGACCUCCACUGCCCAGUGUGCUUACAGUCAUCCAUCUUUCCAGUGGAGACAAACUGUGGGCAUCUGUUCUGUGCUCCCUGUCUCAUAUCUUACUGGAAACACGGAUCCUGGUUAGACGCUAUCAGCUGUCCUUUGUGCCGGCAGAAGGUGAGUGUGAUGUCUCAUCUCUUUGGUGAAGGCAGACUGGACAGGAAGCAGACAGAGGUGCUGGACCACAUUAGAGAUUAUAAUAAACGCUAUUCCGGCGCACCACGGAGGUUGAGUGAUUACCUGUGUGAUGCUCCUCUAAUCCUGCUGCUCAUAUUCCGGACUCUGGGGAACAUGGGCGGACUGGUGUGGCUCUUCCUGCUCAGGGUGGCAGUGUGUGGAUUCGGGGCUGCUGCCUCUCUCGUCUCCCCACUGGAGGCCGUUUCUGGACCCUUCAAUGGGGCGGUGGGGCUCCUGGACGACCUGGCGGUGGUCUUCCUCCUCCUCAUCUCAAUUCUUAACAUCCACCAGCAGAUGGGAGCAGAGAGGACACCCAGAAGAAACACAGUCACACAGGGAAUUCUGACAGACACGCUAUAAACGGGAGGACAAAGGACAACUGGACUGAUAAGCAGGAUAAAUGAACUCUAUGGUAGUAUAGGGGUCCUGCUGGGCUGCUACACAAAGAUGGUUUACAGCAUACAAGCUUUUAAACUGGAGUAUAAGUGUAUAAAUAGCAACACUGCGGUCUAGAUGUCAGUUUCAAAUGAUAUCUGCACUCUACAUGUAUAUUGCACUACCAAUACCCUCCAGAACAGACUGUGAUACAAGCCAGAGCUUUUUAACGAAACUUGAGAUACCUACAAUUAAAAAAAAAAAAAAACAAAACAAAAAACAGGGUCAGUUAUGCCUUUACAGCUUUUACAUUUGUCCUACUAAUUCCAUGGGAACUUGUGACCAAAACCAUAAAACUGCCCUCUAUUUCAGUUUACGUGGCUUGUAUGUCAUUAGCAUUUUUGACAAGGGUAUUAUAUCUUUAACGUGUAAAAUGUUUAACAUGUCUUUCACUGAUGUACUUCUGAUAAUAAUGUAUACAAUCCUAAACAUAAAGGUGCUUCAAGAACUUACUUGACUAAUCCUACAGAUAAACCACUUAUUUCCCAAAAAGAACCAUGUUUCUUAAAUUGGUGAGGAACCUUUCUAUUUGAUGAGGUUCUUCACACACUCAUGUGUCUAUUUUAAACAUGGUUCCUACACAGCAUUGCCUAAAGCCUUCUUGGUAGUACCUUUAGUUUAGGAGUGUAGUUUACUGUCAUUUUUUAAUGUAACAUACAGUUAAACAUGUCCAUCCUACACAAUGUAAAUAUUGUAAAGUGUUUAAUAAAUAUCUAUUUAUCAAAA